AUGCCAUCCUGGAAUGACGAGGAGAGCUCGGACGAGGACAUCAACAUGGUUUCAAUGGAUCCUCAGCUCGUUGAAACCCCUGACAGUGUGGUGGAACCAUCUUUCUGUGGUUCUUACACUGAAUCUGAGCCAACGUGCAUGAUGCAUCAUCAGAGGCCGAAGAAGAUGGUGGAUUUUGAAGAGGGAGUAGGUGUGAACUGUGGGGUUGUGGAGUGGGUGGAUGGUCCUUGGCCAGAGAUUCUACAAAGGUGCCUAACCAGGAUUUGGGACAUGUACCAUGAGCAGAACUUGGGGACGGUGAAUGACAAACAAGCCCAUGAGAAAGAGGUGGCCAAGCUACAGAAGGAAAUUGAUUUCCUGUCAAACAACUACAUCCAGUUGGUGGAAGAUGUAUCCAAGCUAUUUGACUAUCAAGAUGGCAAGAUGUCUCAUGACAUGGACUAUACCAGUCAGGCAAUCAAUGAACUAAAUGAGAAGAAGAAACAACUUGAGGAUCAGGCAAAGAUUGAGUUAAGUAUGGAAAAGCUGAAGCUUGCCAAGGAGCAAAGGUGCAUUCUUCAAAGCCAAGAAGAUAUCAUUCAGAACAUGAGGAAGGCCAUGAAGGAAGUGGAGGGGGACAGGGACCUACUUAAGCAAGAGAAGAAGAACCUGGAGUAUCUGAUUGCUGAUCUGCUCAAUGCUGGGCAUGCCAGCAAAGAUAAGCUGGAGAGGAUCAAGGCAAUUAUGAAUGAGUGA